AGUGCGAGCUCCAAUAUUUUUUUUUAAUUUACCGCAAAUCCGUGCCACAAUGGAUUCCAAAUACAACAUUACGAGCAAAAAUGGCAACUCUGCGACGCCCUUUCGACACACCUUCAAUGCCCAAGGCAACAAUUCGAACGAAAACAAUCACAAUGGCAACGGGAAACUCCUGAGCCUCAAGAGAAAAUCCUUCGGCGAGAACGGAGGCAGCAACGGAGCCAAAAAAUUCCGCCUUGACAGACCCAUCACCGGCAAAUCGCUGCAGGAACAACGACGAGCUCUUCCAGUUUACAAUGUCAAGGACCAAUUAAUUCAGGAGAUUGAAUGUCGUCACACGGUAAUAAUUCUCGGGGAAACGGGAUCUGGGAAAACAACACAAAUACCUCAAUUUUUACACGAAAUGGGAAUGUCGGACGACGGAUUGAUUGGCAUUACACAACCUCGUCGUGUCGCUGCGAUAUCGGUGUCGAAACGCGUUGCUGCCGAAAUGAUCACCGAAAUUGGCUCCGUGGUCGGGUACAAAGUCCGUUUCGAGGAUUGCACGUCGGAAAAGACAAAAAUUAAAUUUCUCACGGAUGGUUCGUUGUUGCGCGAAGCACUUGGCGACAAAAUGUUGCGAAAUUAUCGCGUAAUUAUCCUGGAUGAGGCACAUGAACGCACAAUUAACACCGAUAUUCUCUUCGGGAUCGUCAAAGAAGCACAAAGAGCCCGGAGAAAUAGUUCCUCGAAUAUUCCGCCGCUGAAAAUAAUUAUCAUGAGUGCGACAAUGGAUGUCGAUCACUUUUCCGAGUACUUUAAUAAUUGUCCGGUGCUGUAUUUGGAAGGCAGGACACACAAUAUUCGGUUUAUGCACAUCAAGCAGCCGCAAUCUGACUACGUUAGUACCUGUUUGCAGACAAUAUUUGACUUGCACAAGAGUGCGCCGGAAAAUGAAGAUUUUUUGGUUUUUCUUACCGGACAAGAUGAAAUUGAUGCGAUGGUCAAUACAAUUAAACAGAUUUCAAGUACAAACUCCUUGGAUGGUCCCCGAAUCCGCCCAUUUCCCCUUUACGCUGCCCUGCCGUACCGCAAACAGAUGGAAGUCUUCGUGCAAUCGCUGCCAAACACCCGCAAAGUCAUCCUUUCAACCAACAUCGCGGAAACCUCCCUCACGAUACCCGGCAUCAAGUACGUCAUCGACUCGGGCAUGGUAAAAAUGCGCACCCAUGACCCCGUCACCGGCAUCGACACCCUCAAAGUUGCUCGUGUCUCCAAAGCGCAAGCCUUGCAACGUGCUGGUCGCGCAGGACGUGAAUCCGACGGCUUUUGUUAUCGCGCCUACACCCUCAACGAAUACGAAUCCCUCGCCAAAUCCACAAUUCCCGAGAUAAAACGCUGCAAUUUAGCCUCCGUCGCGCUGCAACUUCUCAACAUGGACAUUGAAUACGAAAAAUUUGACUUUAUCGAUUGUCCGCCGAUGGAAGGGGUCAAAAGUGCGGUGCGACAACUGCUGAAUUUGGGAGCCGUUAAUGAAUUAUUGAAGCCACAACUGACAGAUUUGGGCAAAAAAAUGUGCAAAUUUCCGCUGGAUCCGCAAUACUCGAAAAUUUUGUUGGCAUCGUCGGCGUUCAAUUGUGUCGAGGAGAUGUUGAAUAUUAUUUCGGUGUUGUCGUCGGAAAAUGUCUUCGUUUAUCCGAAUGACAAGAAGGAGUUGGCAAGGGAGAGACAUGCGAUGUUUGAGGACAAGCAAGGCGAUCACAUCACGCUUUUACGGAUAUUUAGGGCUUAUUUGCAGACGGAAAAGACGAAUAAUUGGUGUCGUGAUAAUUUUUUUAAUAAUAAAUCGCUGGAAUAUGCGAAGCAAGUCAAACAGCAAUUAAGUGAAAUUUGUCAUCGAUUGGGCAUGCCAGCAAGUAGUUGUGGAUCAGAUACCGAUGCUGUCCGCAAAUGCCUCAUCACGGGUCUCUUCAACAACAUCGCGGAACUCCAAUCCGACAAUCACUACAUAACCAUCUCCACAAAUCGCCAACGUGUCAAAAUCCACCCAUCCAGCGUGUUCUGUGAUAAGGAAAAACCCAAGUUGAUUCUCUUCUCUGAAUUAGUUUCGACCGGAAGAACGUACGUUCGCACGGUAACAGCUCUCGAGCCCGAAUGGAUCACAGAAUUCCUCCCAAAAUUAGUGCGAAAUGCGAGUUUAGCGAAUGGCAACAGCAGCAAAUCAAACGGCAAUUUAUCGGGUGCCAGUUCAAAUUUGUUUAGAUUUUAAGGAAAUUAUUUUUUUUUGUACUAUUUAAAAUAAAACUGAAUGACUUUCAAA